UACUAAGCAAGCCUGUAUCGGAGACUGUUCAGAUUAAUAAUUAAUGAGAUGUUCCAUUAACAAUUUUAAUGAGAAUCUGAAUAGUGCUCUUAGAAACACCCUUAAGAAUGUUACCAGCAUUCUUUGUUGCAGUUGGCCUAGAGCGGGAUCCCCUGCCCACCUUACAUUAUUUUUGCUUGGGUUUUAGGGGUUUUUUUUUUUCCCCUUCAUUUUAUUUACCUCCCUCUGCUUGCACGCUUCAUCACCUCACCUGAACUCUUAAGAACAACAGCUGUUCAUGCUUCGUUUACGGGGAACUCUUGUGACCAUUAGCCUCCCAUAGCUUUACACGUACAUCCUUGCACCUCAAGAAGAAAUGGCUUGCGCUGAGUAUUCUUUUCACAUGCCAAGUCUUGAGGAGCUUGUUGGAGUUCUGCAGAAGGGCCUCAAAGAUAACUUUGCUGAUGUCCAGGUGUCUGUGGUCGAUUGCCCUGAUUUGACUAAGGAGCCAUUUACCUUUCCUGUAAAAGGCAUCUGUGGGAAAACUAGAAUUGCAGAAGUAGGAGGUGUGCCUUACUUAUUGCCUCUUGCAAAUAAAGAAAAAGUUUAUGAUGUAAAUAAGAUUGCAAAAGAAAUGAAGCUUCCUGGAGCUUUUAUUCUUGGAGCAGGAGCAGGCCCAUUUCAGACUGUUGGGUUCAACUGUGAGUUUAUGCCAAUUAUUCAAACAGAAAGUGAACACAAAUCUCCAGUAAAUGGAAGUUACUUUGCCCAUGUUAACCCUGCAGAUGGAGGGUGCCUGCUCGAGAAAUACAGUGAGAAAUAUCACGAUUUUGGGUGUGCAUUACUGGCUAAUCUUUUUGCCAGUGAGGGCCAACCUGGAAAGGUCAUUGAGGUGAAAGCCAAAAGAAGAACUGGAAAACUUAACUUUGUGACUUGUAUGAGACAGACUCUUGAAAAACAUUAUGGAGAUAAGCCUGUAGGGAUGGGAGGUACUUUCGUAAUUCAGAAGGGAAAAGCGAAGACUCACAUAAUGCCCACAGAAUUUUCUUCCUGCCCUUUGAACUCUGAUGAGGAGGUGAAUAAAUGGUUGCACUUUUAUGAGAUGAAAGCUCCUUUGGUUUGUCUGCCAGUUUUUGUCUCCAGAGACCCAGGGUUUGAUUUGCGAUUGGAGCACACCCAUUGUUUCAGUCAUCAUGGAGAAGGUGGACACUACCAUUAUGACACUACCCCAGACACAGUGGAAUAUCUUGGAUACUUCUUGCCUGCAGAGUUUCUGUAUCGCAUUGAUCAGCCAAAAGAGACCCAUUCAAUUGGGCGAGAUUAAAUCAAAUGAAAAAGAAAUAAUUAAGGUUAAGUAAUCAACUCAUUAAUUGAUACUAGUAUAAAAUCCAAUAGAAAUGAUCUCACGACUUAAAUCCCAUUGUUUUGGCCAUUAACUGAAAGGUAUGUUGACCUCUGUACUCUGUAUAAUCUGAUAUAUCUUAGAGAUUAUUGGGAACCAACAUACAUAAUGAAAAUGUUCAUUUUUUUUUUCUUUAUUCACAGCAAAAUCAGUCUUAUGUUUAUACCUUAAAUAUAACAUGAUCAGGAAUCACGUGAUUAUACCUACUAUCUACCGGUAAUAACUUAUAUUUGUAUAACAUUAUUAAAUUUUUCAAAAUACUCUCACAAGUCCUAAGUGGAUGUUUCUGGGUAUUAGAAAAAUCAGUGUUUCAAAUGCUGAUAGUUAUUGAAUCUAUAGUAUUAAAUUUUAAAAAUCCAUUUCAGAAAUCAGAGUAUACUUUUUUAUUUUCGUGGAAUAAGGUGGGCAGAGGAAGCAAGUUUCCCCCUUUUGGUGGGGUUGAACCAUACUCAGGAGUUCGCAAUUUGACUUUCACAAACAUUGGCAACUAGGUGGUUAGCCAUGAUGCCUCCUUUGUUUGGGUUGCCAGUUGGAAGCAGUUUGUAUCUUGCUGGCUAUUUGCCAGAAGGAAAGGGAAAAGAAACAUCCAAAUACAACACUGAAGUGGGUAUACUUUAAUUUAUAAGUGAGGCCGUUGGUACACAUGACACUGUCCUUUGUGAAAUAAAAAAAUUAUACUCUUUUACUGAUUGAAAUUGUUGACAUUAUCCUCAGUAUUCUUCUUUAAUAAUCAUUAGCCAGAAAUCAACUGUCUAAUCGUAAUCUUGCUAAUGCUAAGCAUGUGCAGAUUUAGGAGCUCUUUCAUAGCAAACACAUACUAAAUCUUCAAAAAAUAUUUUUUGAUUGUCUUCUUUGGAUGUUACCUAUAACCUGUCCUGUGAGUAGAAAUUUGUAAAUGUUAUUUUUACAAGAAGCACUAGUUUGAAGCAAAAAAUGAAUAAAAAGUGUAUAUUCACAAUA